GGCUGUCAACACGGAGUGUAAACACCUACACGGAACAGCCUGGGAGAGGGGCUGCUGCAGGACGGCUUUGCUUCAUUAAUGUAACGGUGAAUGGGAAAGCCUGUAUGAUAGUCUCUGUGGCCUAGCAGGGCAGAGUCCGGAAGACAGGGAGGUGUGUGGGUGUUUCAUUGUGAGGAGGACAGAGGCAGGGAACCAGCGCUUGUCCGCGACCAUGGCAGCGGCGUCCGUCGCGGAGGCUGAUCCGGCGGCCAGCGAAGGCGGACCGGCUUUCACUGGCGUCCAGAGCCGGGACUGGGAUGAGUCUCAGCUACGAAAAUACUCUUUCCAAACCAAGCCCAUCCCCAGACUGUCUCAUGCAGACCCCAGAGCAGAGAUCCUAAUAAACAAUGAGGAGCCAGUGGUUUUAACCGACACAAACCUCGUCUAUCCAGCACUCAAAUGGGACAUUGAUUAUCUCCAGGAGAACAUUGGAAACGGCGACUUCUCUGUUUACACUGCACAAAACCACAAAUUCCUCUAUUAUGACGAGAAAAAAAUGGCUAACUUUAAGAACUUUGUCCCCAAGUCACAACGGAUGGAAAUGAAAUUCUCUGAAUUUGUAGAAAAAAUGCAUAAAACUGAGGAAAUGGGAGGAGAGGAGAGGGUUUAUCUGCAGCAGACCCUGAAUGACACAGUCGGGAAGAAGAUAGUUGUUGACUUCCUCGGUUUCAACUGGAACUGGAUCAACAAGCAGCAAGCCAAGAGAAACUGGGGACAACUGACAUCCAACCUGCUGCUCAUAGGCAUGGAGGGCAAUGUGACACCAGCGCAUUAUGACGAGCAGCAGAACUUUUUUGCGCAGAUCAAAGGCAAUAAAAGAUGCAUUCUCUUCCCUCCGGACCAGUUUGAGUGUCUCUACCCAUACCCUGUGCACCACCCCUGUGACAGGCAGAGCCAAGUUGAUUUUGAUAAACCUGAUUUUGAGAGGUUUCCGAAUUUUAAAAAUGUCGUUGGCUAUGAGACUGUUGUGGGCCCCGGAGAUGUGCUUUACAUCCCCAUGUAUUGGUGGCAUCACAUUGAAUCCCUGUUGAAUGGUGGAGUGACGAUAACUGUAAACUUCUGGUACAAAGGGGCCUCCACACCAAAGAGGAUAGAGUACCCUCUGCGAGCUCAUCAGAAGGUGGCCAUCAUGAGAAAUAUCGAGAAAAUGCUGGGAGAAGCACUUGGAGACACACACGAGGUUGGACCUUUACUGAAAACGAUGAUCAACGGGCGAUAUGACCAGGAUCACAGUUAGAGACACUCUAAAAACUGCUUUGGAAAGCAGCUUUUGUUUGCUGUGUGGAAGUAAAAUUGCUGUGUGCGUCAAACACCUUCUGACUUUGGAGCUCCAUUGCACAGUGGUCUCCCAGUGCCAACCUACUAAUUUAAGGACAAUUUCCCUUCUUGAAGAAGCCUUUUGUCCUUGAAUAGCAGGCCUAAUUUGGCUUGAGUCUAGACACGUUCAUGUGGAAAAGUGUCUUUACAGCAUUCUCAUAAUUCAAGUUUUUGUUUUGCUCACCCAGUUGAUAAGUUGUAUGAGAUGGUACCUUUCAAACAACCUCUAUACUAUAAUUACUAGUGGAUGAGUCAUGGAAUAUAAUAAAUAGUGCAAAAUUAAUUUUCUUAUACAAAUAUAAUAACACAGUUGUGGGUUACCUUACAAAGUGUGGAGUGAUCAUAUUGUAUUCUCCAUCUUUAUCACAGCUUUAAAACAGAUUUGCUUCAAAGAUGACAGGUCUUCAAAACUAUUUAUCCAGCCAUCUCCACGCCUUACUACAUGAUAUUUGGGAAGGGAUCUACAAGAAUGUUCUGUUUCAGUGAAGACAGCAUAGGCACGGUAAUAAAACACAUGAGAACUCUGACAUGAAACUGGGAAGAGUAUGAUCAAAAAACAUGUGUGAGGAAAAAAGGGGCUCGUAUAUACAGCUGAAAGAAUAUGUGACUGCUUGCAGCUAAAAUGUUUAAGCCGAGCAAUGCUGCUUUGUGUUAAUUUAUGCUCUUGUUUGAUUUAUUUGACUUUAUGAAUGUGUUUUUCCGAGUACCAGUAAUAGGUGAGGGAACACUGAAAAAUAAAAGACACACUGCAAUGUUAGUUAGAUAGAUAGAAUCGGAGGAUGAAACCCUCUUUAUUAGUCACAUACAUGCACACAGCAGAGCACACACAAUGAAAUUGGUCCUCAUCCUAGUACUAGGAGCAGUGGGCAGCUAUUGUGCAGAGAAUACAUUUAAAAAAAAGUAAUUGCAGGCAGUGUUUUCUUGCAAAACUAAGCUUAAAACUGUAGAAGUGUUUAAACUGAACUGCUUACAUUUUUAAUUUGUGUCUCUUUUCAAAAGACGGAAGUAGCAAUGCCAUCUGCUUGGAUAGGCUUACUGUAUGUAUUAGCCUUUGCAUUUCAACAUAAUAUGCCAUCUAGUGGUGAAGUUGUCUAGUUACCUGGUCCAUCCACUAUACUGCUGCAUUACAAAUAUUCACUAUGCUGUAUUAAAUGCAGCAGAUCUAAGAUGAAAUCUCUUUGCGAUGUGUACAAACAUUUGAUUCCACUUAGAAACCUGUACUUGCUCUUUUGAUUUCUGUCGGUUUACAAUCCUUUGAAAUGCACUUAUUCUUGCUUAUAUGCAACAUAACUUAAAAGACUAAAAGCACAAGGGGAUAAUGGCUGUUUUAUUUCCAGGUUAAAAGUGCACUUCAGAACUGUUUAAAGAAUGUGCAUUAAAAAAGUGUUGUGCUGAUUGUGCCAAACCAACAUACAACUUAGGAGACAGUAUCUCGAUAUUCAGAAAGCUUUGUCCUCCUGACAAUGAAGUGAAAUAUAAAAAACUCAACAUCCAUAAUUUUAAGAAUAUAUACAUUUUCAGGGCUUCAUUAUUCCCCUUUAAAUUGCUAAUAUUGUGCAUAUCCUUUUCUUACACCACAAGAUCAUGAAAAAAGAAAUACUUCUUCCCUAAAAAAAGAAUUUAUGAAGUAAGAGUGAUAUUUCGUCUCUCCUCUAUUGCUUGGUUAACCCUGUUUACUGUGUGCGCAUCGCUUAACAAUGGCAUGGCACAAAAUGUUAUGACUUGAUUUUUUGUAUUUUAUGCUCAUUUGUUUGUUUUCACUCUGGUAUUAAACAGCUUUAAAGGUGCGAUUGAUAAGGGUUCAUAGAGACAGCGUGGGUUUUAUUGUUCGAACAGAUAGUAUGUGUUCUCCUUGUUCCCAUGAAUAAAGUUUGUAUUCAAACUUCAA